CAGACCUUCUCACAAGGCGCUCUUUAAGCUUCGGUGUUGCCACACAGAGCAGCCAUUCAUCGGCUCUACAGUCAGCCACACACACUCCCAUGUUGAGCCACUGGACAUCUAACCUGGUGUAGCUGCUUUUGCUGAAACGGACUUCCAGACAGCGCUGGAAAGGAUUUGGACACUUUUACGCAGCAGUAUGGCUUUGCCUGAGCACAGUCAGCAGUAGCUGGGAUAGUCAUAGACACCAGACAUCUUGUUUAAUUAAAACGACUUAAUUACACUGAAUAGUUUGGCCUCUCCCUGAAACUAAUUUUGCACUCGAGGGCUAUCUUGUCAUUAGUUGAAAGUUCAACGAAAUGUCCGGCGAGGAGCACAGCCUGUCUGAGGCGGAAUUGAGUCCCGGAGGGUCAGAUGAUGGUCACUCUCUGUCACCGACUCAACCCGGAGUGCCUCCGGGACAGGACUCACCUCUAACCGGGCCGCCGCAACAGCUGACCGCGCUUUGCGUCGGGGACGGCAGCGGGGACAAUGGAAGCAGGUCCGGAGCCAAAUCAGAGGAAGAGGACGAUCGCUUCCCCAUCGGCAUCAGGGAGGCGGUGAGUCAGGUGCUGGACGGAUAUGACUGGACACUUGUGCCUAUGCCGGUGCGCGUAAACAGCGGAAACAAGGCAAAGCCCCACGUAAAGAGGCCCAUGAACGCCUUCAUGGUGUGGGCGCAGGCGGCGAGGAGGAAACUGGCCGAUCAGUACCCCCACCUGCACAACGCGGAGCUCAGCAAAACCCUGGGCAAACUGUGGAGGUUGCUGAACGAGAGCGACAAGAGGCCAUUCAUCGAGGAAGCUGAGAGGCUGAGGAAACAGCACAAGAAGGACUACCCGGAGUACAAGUACCAGCCCCGGAGACGCAAAAACGGCAAACUUACGCCUGCUAGCGAGUCUGAUAGUCAGGGGGAAGGAGAAGCCGGCCACUCCCAGUCACACUACAAAACCCUACAUCUGGAGCACAACGGUGGGGCUGGAUCUCCCUUGAGUGACCUGCACCACCACCACCAUCACCACCACCAUCCUGCUGGUCAGGGUCACAGCCCACCCACGCCCCCCACCACUCCAAAGACAGAGCUCCAGUCUGGGAAACUGUCAGAUGCCAAGAGGGAGGCUGCGGCAGGAGCGGCUGGAGGAUCAGGGGGGUCCAGGGGAGCCCUCGGGGUGGGAGCUGAAGGGGCAUCCGGUGGUCCAUCAUCAUCGAGCGCUAAGCCUCACAUCGACUUUGGCACCAUGGACAUUGGUGAGAUCAGCCACGAGGUGAUGUCCAACAUUGAGCCGUUUGAUGUAAACGAAUUUGACCAGUACCUUCCUCCAAACGGCCACCCGCAGAGUGCAGCCGGGGUCUCAGCAGCUGGAUCCUCGGCCUCUUCUUAUGCCUACGCCCUGGCUGCUGCUAGCGGGCACCCCGCCUGGCUCUCCAAACAGCAGCAGCAGCAGCCUCAGGCCUCCCCGUCUUCCUCUGAUCCCUCCAAGGCCCAGAUCAAGAGUGAGUCUGCAUCUGGGAGCCACUACGCCGAGGCCUCGUCCUCUCCCUCCUCGGGCACCCACGUCACCUACACCCCGCUCAGCCUCCCUCAUUACAGCUCUGCUUUCCCCUCUCUGGCCUCCAGGGCUCAGUUUGAGUAUGGAGAGCACCAGGCCCCUGGGGCAUACUACACCCACUCCAGCCAGGCUCCUGGGCUGUACUCAGCCUUCUCCUACAUGGGCCCUACACAGAGGCCUCUGUACACUACCAUAGGAGAUCCCUCCAGCGUGGCCCCUUCUCACAGCCCCACACACUGGGAGCAGCCUGUUUACACCACACUCACAAGACCUUGAGGGAGACCAGCUGAGCAGAGGGAAAUAUGGGAAGCGUGUGAGAGGAUCUGAGUGUGUGCGUGUGUGUGUGUGUGUGUGUGUGUGCAAAUAUGUGAGUGUGAGUUUGUGUCAGUGGAUGUGUGUGUGCCAUAUUGAUGUUAUAAAAGAGGUUUUUACUUUUUUAGCCAAUAUAAUGCAAGACGCACCCACAGGGCCUUACACAGUUUUAAAAAACAGCCACAAACGAUGCGAAUUUCCCCACUGCGGGCCUAUUGGAGGAUUCUUAUCUUAUCUUAUCUUAUCAAACUCACACAGUGUAAAGUGUGAAUCACAGGACAACAGCCAAUCAAAGAAAACGAAUAAAACCCUAACAAAUGUGUGCCAUCUUAAAUUUAUAGGUUGGGAUGUACAGCGAGUGUGUAUAUGGGAGUUAGACGAGUGGGACACUGAGGGUGAACAGACGUUGCAUUGACGGAGUGACUCUGAUUUAACUCAGAGAACACAGGGUGAGAGUGACAUAAUCAGAUUUUAUUAACCAAACUAAAGCAGACGUUUUUGAUGUUAUUGUGUUAUUUUAUAUGAGUAGUAAGUUUAUUGUCAUUGUUGAUAUCCUAGGGGUGUGACUUUAUUGUGAUUGAUUUGAUAUUACACUAAUACAUCCGCACCACUGUUUUAUUUCAACAAGAUGUUCCCUGGGGUUGCUUUUUCAUGGCCAGAAAAGGAUAGCUGCAAGCUUGUUAUUCUUUGUAGAUAGCACACUCUGUAUUUCUGUCCCUUUAUUACAUUGACUUCACAGAACUGAAGAAUUAAGCUUUUAAGGGGAAAAUAGGAAAAAGAGAGGGAACGAGAGCUCUUAAAGAUGUAUUUCAGCUCAUCACUCAGUCUUGGACACUUACCUCAACUCUAUUCAUUUUGUGCCAAUAGCAAAGGAGAAAUAUGACUCUGAAUACCUGAUAUAAUAACGAUUAAAGUAUUCAGCAUUUCAGAGCAGUAAACCUUCACUUUAGUCUUCUUCUUUGCUUUUUUUAUUUGCUUAUCUACAUUUGAUUUAUCUAGUAACUGAGUUAAAAAACAAAGUACAAAGUCUCAACCAAAUCUCUUCAGAUAAUUGGCCAGCUUUGGGUCCUGCUUAAGGAUUAGAAUCACAUGUACCACUGUUCUGCACUGCAUGUAGGCCAAAAUGUUUUUCGUCUUUACAGGUUUUUUUUUUUUUUUUUUUUUUUUUUGCAAUAUUGUGCCCAAAUAGCCCUCUUCCUCUUCAGAAAUGUGAAUAAUGGUCAUUACCACAGACAAGCUUCACCUUUAUUACGUGAUGCAUACUUUAUCAUUUUAUACUGACCCUCUUACCAUGUAGUUAUUAUUUUUAUGUAAGUAAUAAUGCGUUGUGUGUCACCCUUUUGCUUCCUCCAUUUUGUAUAAUUCUGGAUAGUUUUGUAAAGUGUUCGCUAUACAUUCACUUGAGUAUUUUGCUUCCAUACAAGAAAAGCAAUGUCAAAAUAUUAUUGUUGUCAUCUAUUAAAUCAAUUUAUUUAUAAAAAAGAAAACUGUAAGAGAGUUAUUUUAC